AUUCAAAGAACGAUAUCAUAAGUGCAUAUACGAUAAUACUCGAUUAAAAUCCGUUCAUUUGGGUAAUAUAAGCUCAAUCCAAGUUUCAUUGCCGUGAGAUGUGGUCAUCGCAAUAAAUCUCCGUUAUCACUGCGAUAUCUGGAAACCAAUAAACAAAAAUAUGUUUCCUCCUACUUAUAUCGAGGGUUUUCACGAUCCCGAAGCGGUAAAAGCUAUGGAAUACAAAGAGCUCGGGAAAACAGGAAUGUUUGUGAGCAAAUUAGCUUUUGGUUCCGCUACGCUAUGUGCUCUUUACAAUUUAAAUAACGAAGCAGAGGCUAUCGAAACUGUACGUCAGGCAAUAAAACAAGGCGUUAAUUAUAUUGAUACGGCACCAUGGUACGGUCAAGGCCAAUCUGAGGCAAUACUCGGCAAGGCCUUAAAGGGGAUUCCACGCAAAGCUUAUUACAUCUCGACGAAAGUUGGCAGAUAUGAGUUAGAUUAUGACAAUAUGUUCAAUUUCACCGUCGAGAAAACUCGGCAGAGUUUUAAAAAGAGUUUAGAAUUGUUGGGACUAGAUUAUGUUGAUCUUAUUCAGAUUCACGAUAUCGACUUUGCACCCACAACGGAUGUAAUAGUCACACAAACUUUGCCGGAAUUGUCGAAAUACGUGGCUGAUGGCAAAGCAAGGCAUGUAGGUGUAACUGCAUACACAUUGUCUGCAUUAAAAGAAUGCGUCGAAAAGAGUAACAUUGUAGCCACUGUAUUGAGUUAUUCGAGAAAUACUCUCAUCGAUGACUCUUUGUUGGAAUACAUUCCAUUCUUUAAGAAGCAUAAAAUCGGUUUAAUUAACGCCGCCGCACUGUGUAUGGGUUUGUUAACGAAUAACGGGCCACAAAGCUGGCAUUCGGCCUCCGACGAAACGAAGAAACAAUGCGCGAAAGCCGCGCAAUACUGCAAGGAUCGCGACGUAGAACUCAGCAAACUGGCGAUAUGGCACUCCAUGCAAUGCACGGAUGUGGACACCAAUCUAGUUGGAAUACAAAAUAUGAAGGAGCUGCAGAUAAAUCUGGAUGUGACGCUAAAUGGCAUUACGGAAAAAGAAAAGGCAGUGUUGAAAGAAAUUAAAGAAAAGUUUCUGUCAACGAAAAAUCAUCACUGGGAAGGUAAAGACGUCCGUAUGUACAAAGAAGGCCUCAAGAAGAAAUGAGAACUAUAUAUUUUUAUUUCUACUGUUUAUAUAUCAUUUAUAGAAUUCUAUGAAGUAUGUAACAAUAUAUGGAAUGCAUAACAAA